AUGUGUCUGGCGGCGCAGUUUCAGAUAUCGAGGCUUGACCCUAACAGCCAGACUCCAGCGACUCCCUCGACAGAGCAUGAUCUCGAGAACAUGGUGGAGACAUUUAAGGACAAAAUUGUGCAAUGUCUGAUUCUGGGGGAAUAUGCCAAAGGUGGCCCGCACGUGCUCGAAACGCUCCUCCUAUACAUUGCAGUUGAGCUCUUCUCUCGAAACGACGCCGAGAUUGGGGUUUGGAUCCUCUUAGGCACCGCGGUUCAGCUCGCAAUGUACAUGGGAUAUCAUAAGGACCCAAAACAUUUUCGAGAGAUGUCGCCUUUUGUGGGAGAGAUGCGAAAGAGGGUCUGGGCAACAAUCGUCGAGCUUGAUAUUGGCAUUUCCGCUCAGAUGGGCCUUCCCCGGCUGAUCAAGCAAUGGCAGACGGACACGGUGGAACCUGCAAAUCUUCAAGACAGUGACUUCAAUAAGACAACCAAGGAGAUGCCUGCAGCUCGGCCAGAGAACGAUCUCACUCCUAUGCUAUAUCGGCUGGUAAAGGGCCGAAUGAUGUCGACGAUCGGCUUCAUCUGGGACUUUGCAGCCAACACAAGGUCUUACACGUACGCAGAUGUCAUGGGCAUGGACACGAAGCUGCGAGGGACCUAUGUCUCCAUCCCCGAGUGCCUCAAAUGGCGAUCAAUGGCGCAAUGCAUUCUCGACUCAUCACAGAUCAUCAUGCAAAAGGUUUAUCUGGAAAUCAUGUACCACAGAGCGAGGAUUGUACUCCACCGGCGGUAUCUCAAUUGUUCGCCGACCAAGACCCCCUACGGUUAUUCCCAACAGGCAUGCCUGGACGCAGCGCUGAAGCUUCUUGAAUAUCAGCAUAUGCUGCAAGAAGAAACGCGGCCGUUCUGUCAGCUGUACCAAGAGCGGUGGCGUGUUACCUCCCUUGUCAAUCACGACUUUCUCUUGGCCACUAGCGUCCUGUGCGCGUACUUGCAGCAGGUCCGUGGGGAGACGGCGACGGCAGGCGCCGAAGGAGGCACCAGCGUUGACACAAUACGAGCAUCCUUACAACGCUCAUACGGCAUAUGGCUCAACUCAAGCAGCUCGUCCAAGGAGGCCCAAAAGGCCGUGAGCGCGUUGAGUGUCAUUCUCGGGUCUCAGGACUCCAUGGACACGAACACCAACAACGAGACGGACAUGUCGUUUGAUCAGCUCCCCGCGUCUCCCGGAACUAGCGUUAGCUUCUACCCCCAGAGUGAGUGA